UUUGCUUUCCAUCGAUGUUCCGUUGCGGUGGCAUGGCAUCGAUCGCCAUGGUUGCCCGGCGCAGAGCUGCAGCGACCGACCACGACGAGAAGAAUUGCGCGUUUUUUUUCGACAUUAGGGUGGAUGGUCCUGUCUACGAGAUUAUGAAUGAAGAAGUGCGUCGCUGGAAUUGAAGAGCGGCGUAGUGAGUGAGUGAGUGAGUGAGUGAGUGAGUGAGUGAGUGAGUGUCUGGUCAGCUGUGAUAAGGGAGUGACUGAAUGCGGUGAAUGGCGAAUGUCGAAUGGCGGGAGUAAUGUGUUAUGGUAGUUCUGUCCUACGCAUGGCCUCCGGGAGGGGCGGAAUGUGGCAGCAGCAUCGGCAGUGUAUUCGCCUUCUUCAUCAGCUCGUGAAAGCACCGUCUGGCUCAUCGCUCGUUCCAGCUUUUCCCCGCUAUGCAUCCAAUGCUUCUUUGCCUGAACGCUAUGUGCCGAAGUCGGGGUCUCAGAAAGGCGCAGAGAGGGAAUCUGGAGUUAGUGAAUCACGAGACACGCAUUCUCACAACUCUGAUUUAAGACGUUUACCUACGGACAGAAGUUUGGUAGGAAGAGGGGAAGGUGAUGCAGAGGGCCGACGGGUAAGCAGAUCAUCUUCUGCUGCAAGGGCUAGCGAGAAAGCGAAUUAUUUGAUAUCUAGACCAGAGGGAGAGGAGGUCGAGGGAUUUGAGCGUCGGAAGCCCAGGAGGAGAAAUCUGCAGCAGCCGUCAGCAAACGAGGCUACUCAGUUUGAAGGUCUUUUUGGUGAUUCAGCUGAUGUCUGUUCAAAUUCCUUCACGUCAUCACAGACUCGGGAUACAGGAAAGCGAGAACAGACCCACGAUCUGGAAUUCCGGGCGAAAGAUUACUGCAUCUCCCUGCUGGCUCUGGGACCACAGCCCGAGGCAAAGCUGAGAAUGAAAAUGAGCAAGAAGAAUUUCUCCGCUGAGAUCAUGGACGCUGCAAUUGUGGAACUCCAAAGAUGUGGAUUGCAGAGUGAUCAAGAGUAUGCAGAAGUCUUUGCACGAUCGAGGUGGAAUGGUAAUGCCUGGGGACCAAAACGCAUCAAGUAUGAGCUGUUAAGAAGAGGGAUCAGUAAGGAUAAUGUGGAAGCUGGUCUCAUGCACGUUUUCCAAAACGAGGAGGACGCAGGGGACCUGGACGGGGAAGACAAUGGAGGGGACAAGUGGGGUAUGAAUCAGAAAGCAGCAGAGCAACUUCUCUCCCAAGCUCGACGAAGGUGGAGUCAAGGGAACAAAGCAGAUAUCAAUGCCCGCAAAAGACGCAUGGCCGGCUGGCUGCAGAGGAGAGGCUUCGGCUGGGACAUCACCUCUGACUUGCUGAGAAUUCUGCAGCGCGAGGAUCAAGAGGAGGGUGAAGAUAAUGAGGAACUGGAUUAGGAUUUCGUCUGAUUACAGCUCUCCGCAGGUGGGAGGAGGCAGUGCCUGCAGUAGAAAGAAUGGUCAGACCAAUUGCACUGAGCGCACCAUCAGAAUGCUGAUGUCAUGACUCGCAUGACAUCGGCAGUGCGGAUUAACGAUUGGGGCCACCAGACAGUUGGCAGCAGUCUGAGCACACAAAGAGAAGGUUCAAAUAGUUUGUCCACACCUUUGAAGCUUGAUUACAUUCGUGGACGGCAUGCAAAGCGUGAGGUUCGCCGAAGGAGUCCAGACCGCCAAGUUGGAAUAUUUAGAGACAUGAGAAGAAAGCCUAAAAGUUACGCUAGGAAACUGGGACUAUAUCCCUCUUCCGACCUUUCAUCUUUAGGCAUACAUUUGCGCCACGAGUCAAAGCUCGAGCAUAAUGCAAGAACUCAAGUUAAUGAACGCAACUUGGGAAGAUUGAAAACUGUCAAAAUACCUGAAUCAUCUAAUCCACAAGAAAUGGAACAAAGCGUUAAAUGUUACAUUCGUAUAGUGAUUUGUACGUCUACCUCCUCUACGCGAUAUUCCUGAGAUCUUGAUGUUCAGCGACCAUUUUUUUACUCGCAGUGAUGAAGAAGUCACGAUACCGGAG